GUAUGGGGGUUAAGUUUGCAAUUUCCCGUUCGAUGUUCUUUUGGGGAUGGUGGGUUUUUUGUAGACAAAACGACGUCUCGGUGAUUGAAUCUACGGGAUCGUGUCUCUCUCUGCUUUGCUUCCUUCAAUCCGAUUUCGGACAACCUUAUUUACUCAGACAGAAGAUUUCAUUUCUCUGUCGAUGUUAGUACUUCAACCGUUCUCUUCGUUACGACUCCAAUUCCUAAAAAGACUCAGUUAGUUGAGCUACUGCAGUGUGACUUAAGCCAAUUUCAGUCAGCCAAUUGAUUCUUGUGAGUGUGCCUAAAUUCCAAACUGAGGCAGCUUUUUGUCUCUGCAGUUACAUGAAUUCCACUAGUGUUGACUUCGAUCUAUUGGCUAAGAGUCCUUGCUUCCUCUAGUGUAAAACUUUACACUAGAGGUAAAUCACAUAAAUUGCCACAGCAAAAGGGAGCACAAGUGGAUAGUCUCUGAGUCAAGUAAAUACUAUAGAAAGUAAUAUGGCUGAUACUAGUUCAAGGACUGAUGUCUCAACUGAUGGCGAUACAGAUCAUAGAGAUCAGGGGGUGUAUUUUCUCGAAAAUGUCACUCGUGGGAGGCUUGCACCGGGUUCCCUUGGUAAAACUUGGGACGAUCUACCGUCUGAGAGAGGGCAAAUGAUGCUUGCUGCUGCGUCUGAUUCCAGUGACCGAUCAAAGGAUAAGUUGGAUCAAAAGACCCUUCGUAGGCUUGCUCAAAAUCGGGAGGCAGCAAGAAAAAGCCGAUUGAGAAAGAAGGCGUAUGUUCAGCAGCUGGAGAAUAGUCGAUUAAAGCUGACUCAACUUGAGCAGGAGCUGCAAAGAGCAAGACAGCAGGGCGUUUUCAUCUCAAGUUCAGGAGACCAAGCUCAUUCUACUGGUGGAAAUGGGGCAUUGGCAUUUGAUGCCGAACAUUCACGGUGGCUUGAAGAAAAGAACAAGCAAAUGAAUGAGCUGAGAUCUGCCCUGAAUGCUCAUGCAGGUGAUACUGAGCUCCGGACAAUUGUAGAUGGAGUGAUGGCUCACUAUGAGGAGCUUUUCAGGAUUAAGAGCAAUGCAGCUAAGAAUGAUGUGUUCCAUUUGUUAUCUGGAAUGUGGAAAACACCAGCUGAGAGAUGUUUCUUGUGGCUUGGCGGGUUCCGCUCAUCCGAACUUCUCAAGCUUCUUGCGAAUCAGCUAGAGCCCAUGACCGAACGACAGGUAAUGGGCUUGAAUAGCUUGCAGCAGACGUCGCAGCAGGCGGAAGAUGCCCUAUCUCAAGGGAUGGAGAGUCUACAGCAAUCCCUAGCUGAUACUUUAUCCAGUGGUACUCUUGGUUCCACUUCAUCUGAUAAUGUUGCGAGCUACAUGGGUCAGAUGGCCAUGGCAAUGGGGCAGUUAGGCACCCUUGAAGGAUUCAUCCGCCAGGCUGAUAACUUGAGGCUGCAAACGCUGCAGCAGAUGCUUAGAGUGUUAACAACGCGUCAGUCAGCUCGUGCUCUUCUUGCCAUACACGAUUAUUCAUCUCGACUACGUGCUCUUAGUUCCUUGUGGCUUGCCCGGCCACGAGAGUGAUACACAAGAAUAAAGCUCUUCUGAGCUCUAUACAUAAUCUUAUGACUCAAAUAGGGAGGGAUACUCCUUCCAAGAGAUCACAAAGCAAGGCCUUCUAGGAUUCUUACCAAAAGCAAUAUUUUGGGAAAGAAGACUGCAGAUUUUGAAAGACUUUGAGUGUGGUGUGUGUUGUAAUCUUUAGCCAUCAGGUUGUGUAGUUUAUAGAGAGUGAAUGUUUAUAGGUCUUUGAAUAUUGAAAGCAGAUAGGUCAUCAGUGUAACGAACAUGACAGAAGGUGGGAUCCUUUCAGGAACUUCGAUUGUAUGAUCAAAUCUCAAACAGACCAAUUCAAUUUAUA